AUGGCUAGCACGGAAAAAGACCCAGCUGCGAUUGAGCACGCAAAGACUCUCACCCACAUCCCGUGGUGUGAAGAUUACGAAAAGAUGAUAUCAGGGAUGCUUUACAAUUCUCAAGCUCCGGAGCUCAUCGAGGGAAGAUUUCGGGCUCGGAGACUUAUGCACAAAUACAACAGCUAUUUCCCCGACGACGCCACGAAUGACACUCUAGUGGCCGAAAGGGAGAAGAUCUUGAAUGAGAUGCUAGGCAAGAUCGGAACGAACCCCUUCAUCGAGACGCCCUUCAACAUCGACUACGGGUGUAACACAUCGAUUGGAGACAACUUUUAUGCCAACUUCAACCUGGUGAUUCUUGACUGCGGAAUGGUCACAAUCGGCAACCGCGUUCUAUUCGGUCCCAAUGUGUCAAUAUUUGGCGCAACACACGAGACCGGAGUGCAAUCUCGUCGCAGCGGAAUCGAAUACGGCGGCAGCGUCACUAUCGGGGACGAUUGUUGGAUCGGAGGCAACACCACCAUCAUGCCGGGCUUGACGAUUGGAAAGGGGUGCACAAUAGGGGCAGGCAGCGUCGUUACCAAGUCGAUCCCCGACUUUUCUGUUGCAGUUGGUUCGCCAGCCAAGGUUAUCAAGAAAGUUGAUCCGGUCCCAGAUUUAUGA